CGGGCGCCGCCGCGGGCGCUGCACGCUCCGCGUCCCGGCCGGGCUGACGGCGCCCCGGCGCAGGAGGAGGAGGAGGAAGAGGAGGAAGAGGCGCAGGGAUGGAGAGCGAUCUGCUGGAGAGCCCGGUUGCCAUUAAGGGUAUUGAAAGAGAGCUUAUCUGCCCAGCAUGCAAGGAAUUGUUUACCCAUCCGCUGAUCCUUCCCUGCCAGCACAACGUCUGUCACAAAUGUGUGAAAGAAAUACUUUUUGCAUUUGAAGACUCCUUUGCUGAUGGAGGCUCUGAAUCCUCUAAUCAGAGUAGCCCUCGAAUUAGAAUCUCUGCUGCUAGCAUGGACAGAAUUGACAGGAUUAAUAGAUCAGGCAGAAAACGCAAUUCACUGACUCCUAGAUCGACUUUGUUUCCUUGUCCAAGUUGCCAGCGGGAUAUUGAUCUCGGGGAGCGUGGCAUCAAUGGCUUAUUUCGCAACUUCACUUUGGAAACCAUUGUGGAAAGAUACAGACAGGCAGCCAGGGCAGCCAUUGCUAUUAUGUGUGAUUUCUGCAAACCUCCGCCUCAGGAGUCCACAAAGAGUUGCAUGGACUGCAGUGCAAGCUAUUGCAAUGAAUGUUUCAAAAUACACCAUCCUUGGGGAACUGUGAAAGCCCAGCAUGAAUAUGUAGGACCAACCACCAACUUCAGACCCAAGAUUUUGAUGUGUCCAGAACAUGAAAUGGAAAGAGUAAACAUGUACUGUGAAAUCUGCAGACGGCCUGUUUGUCAUCUUUGCAAACUGGGUGGAGGUCAUGCAAACCAUAGAGUAACAACCAUGAGCACUGCCUACAAAACCCUUAAGGAGAAGCUUUCAAAAGAUAUCAAGUACCUCAUCAGUAAGGAGAGCCAGGUGAAAGCUCACAUCACUCAGCUGGAUCUGCUGCUGAAAGAAACAGAGUGCAACAGUGAAAGAGCUAAACAAGAAGCAUCUCAGAGUUUUGAGAAAUUAUAUUGUGUCCUGGAAGAGAAGAAAUCUGCAGCUCUUAGGGCAAUUGAAACUUCUAAGAAUAUAAGGUUGGAAAAAUUGCAAACACAAGUGGAAGAAUACCAAGGGCUCCUGGAAAAUAAUGGCCUUGUAGGAUAUGCUCAAGAAGUGCUUAAAGAAACGGAUCCCUCCUGUUUUGUUCAAACAGCAAAACAACUUCAUGUCAGAAUCCAAAAAGCUACUGAGUCUCUGAAGAGCUUUAGGCCAGCAGCUGAAACUACUUUUGAAGACUUUGUGGUGGACACUGCCAAGCAAGAAGACAUCCUUGGUGACUUGUCCUUCCAUUCCAAUGGUCUAGAAAUACCAGAAAUCAAUGAAGAACAGAGCAGGAUGUACAACAAAGCUCUGAUCAGCUGGGAAUGCCCUGGGAAGACAGAUUCAGCUGAUAUCUAUGUUCUUGAAUAUCAUAAACUUAAUAAAGAAGAGGAGAGUGUGACAUGGCAGAAGACUGAAGUUUGUGGCAAGAGCAAAGUAUUAUCUGAUCUUGAUGAUGACAGCAGCUAUGCCUUUAGAGUUCGAGGUUACAAAGGGUCCAUCUGUAGCCCUUGGAGCCGAGAAGUUAUUAUGAGUACUCCUCCAGCUCCAGUUUUCAGUUUUCUUUUCGAUGACAAAUGCGGGUACAACAGUGAUCAUCUCCAGCUGAACCCAAGAAGAACCUCUGUGGAAAGUAGGGCUGGACUUCCUCUGCUUCUGGGAUCUGAGCGCUUGCAGGUUGGAUGCUUCACAACCCUGGAUUACAUCAUUGGUGACACUGGGAUUGCCAAAGGGAAGCACUUCUGGGCUUUUAGUGUGGAAGCCUAUUCAUACCUGGUGAAAGUAGGAGUUGUUCCUAGCAACAAGAUACAGAAAUUGUUCCACAAUACCCCUGAUGUUAUCAGUCCAAGAUGCGAGCAAGACAGCGGUCAUGACAGUGGGAGUGAAGACGCUUUCUUUGACUCAUUGCAACCUUGCACACUGGUCACUUUAGGCAUGAAGAAGUUCUUUAUCCCUGCCACACCUACUGCUCCCAAGGAUCCAGCCAGCAGAAUCCUUCCCCUGCCAUCGUGCUUGGGCAUUUGCCUGGACUGUGACAGAGGCAGGGUAGGGUUUUACGAUGCAGGCCGCAUGAAGUGCCUGUACGAAUGUGAGGUGGAUUGCUCUGGCUUGAUGUACCCAGCAUUUGCUUUGAUGGGCGGUGCAGCAGUUCACCUUGAGGAAGCUGUCACAGCCACGGACAGGGAGUACCACGAUGACAUCUAGUGCAGCAAUCUCUUCCUGUUGCUGUUCUGAGUCAGAAAAUGAAAGCAGAAGAAUUCUACCUUAGCUUUUAGUCCUGAUAAAUUAUAUUCUACCUACGUGUUGCUCACAAGCCUCUGGCCUGUGAUUCUUUAAAAUAAAUGGUCCAGGCGCUUCCUGCACCAGAGGAAUUCUCCUGCCUUUCUUGUGAUCUGUGCAAUGCUGUUCUCCACAGACUUCUUUUCCUGGGGGAAGCAGGGAACAAGUCUGACUAGCAACCAAAAUUUUCUUUUCAGGACUAGCAACCAAAACUUACUCUUCGGGGUAGAAAUCUGCCUUUUAUUUAACUUAAAUCCUUACACAGUCAGUUUUGUAUUUAAUGAAGUCAAAGCUGACAGUGUGUGAUUGCCAUUCUCCUUUUAAGAAAUCUGCCUAAAUGCCUCUGCAGGGUUAAAUGCUUUCCAGUUAAACCCUGAUCACCAGUUGGGCCUUUCAGCACAGAAUAGCAUAUUAAAAAUAUAAUAUUAAAGAGGAAGAAAUUAGAAAUGGUGUUGAAUGUUUAACUUAUACGUGGAAUGAUGAAGGUAAACUUGAAUCUGAUUGCAUGUUGUAUUCCCUUAAUGUGAUUGUAAGUUAAAACUCAGUUCUGACACUCAUUGUCAUAUAGUUGGUGGCAUAAUGGUAAGUUUAUUUAUUCUUCCAGGCUUUUACUCUAAGCUAUCUAAAAUAAAGUGCAAUUGUACCUUAAAUGUCAGAACUUGGAGUCAAAAAUCAGAAAUGUUUGCAUGUGUGAAUAAUGGUACCUGGUAUUUAGGCAAAAGCAAGUAUUAAAGAAAUACCUGAUUUAAAAAAAAAAAGAAAAUAUCUAGCAGCAGCUUGGGUUUUUCUUAGUAAGAAUGUUGAAAAUGCAUUGGUUAAGUUUUGAGACCUAAUUUCUGCCUUAAAGGAAGUCUCCCUUAAAAUUUCAGUUCUUCUAAUGUUAAAAACUGUAUCACAUUUGCAGAAUCAUAGAACUGCAGGAACAGCUUGAGUUGGAAGGGACCUUUAAAGCCCAUCUAGUUCCAACCCCUCCUUGCCAUGGGCAGGGACUUCUCCCACUAACCAGGUUGCUCAAAGCUGUGUUCAACCUGACCUUGAACACUUUCAGGGAUGGGACAUCCACCACUUCUCUGGGAAACCUUCUCCAAUGUCUCACCACCCUUAUUAUUAGCAAUCUCUUCUUUAUGUCCAACCUAAUCUAUCAUUUUUAGGUUAAAACUAUUGCCCCUUGUCCUGUCUCUCCAGACCUUGGUAAAAAAGUCCUCCAUCUUUUUAAAAAAUUCUUUUUAUCUAUUUGCCGGGGUCGGCUGUUACUUGUCUCUGCCCCAGCACGGGAAAAGGUGGUUCUGGGCAGGCCGCGCUUUCGAAGAAGGAGUCUGGACUCUUGCUUUUUGGUCUUCAGUUGAGUUUAUUGUUCCUUAUCUACGAAGUUUUUCUGUCUGUCUGUCCAGCCGAGGUCUGAUCAGCAAGACAGCCAAGGGCACUCUCUCCCACCCACGGGGUGGUUGUCUCUUUUAUAGUGAAAACUACGUAUUAGAUAUUUACCUUCAAUUUCCAAUACUUUUCACCCUUGUUGGCAAGUGUACCUUCACCAUGAACCAAUCCCCACAUGCCAACAUCAUCCUGAACAUGGAUGCCAAGGAGAAGAAAGAAGAAGGACAGGGCACACCCAAAUCCCUCCGUCUUGGGACUCCUGACCCCCAUGUACAGAAUUCCAAACCCCUCUGUACAAGGUUCAAAACCCCCCUGUACAGUGCUCCAAAAUUUUUCCCUUCACCCUGUGAUUGCUACUACUAUGCUACUUAAACUUUUGUGGCCUGUAAUUCUUUAUAUAAGGUUGGCAAUUUGCUCCAUGAAUUAAGAUCGAAUUUCCAGGUGUCUUUGGCUUCCUGCCAGGGUCUCCGAGCUCCUGCCAGGGCUUUGAGACAUUCAGGGCAUCCAGAGAUGUCCUGAGCUCUGACAUCUAUUAAUAGGCCAUAAUAAGGUCUUUCUGGAGCAUUCUCUAUGCUGAAUAACUCCAUCUCUUACAACAUCUAUACAGGACAGAUGUUAACAGCCCUCUGACAAUUUUUGUGCCUCUCCUUUGGAACCACUCUGUACUGGGGGCCUCAGAGGUGAACGCAGUGUGUGCAAGCACACAUUGCUGCUUCAUGGUCAGUUUUUCAUCCAUCAGGAUGCCCAAGUCCUUCUCUGCAGAGCUGCUCUCCAUCCCCCAGUCUGUACUGAUAGUGGAGAUUUCCUGGAUCCAGGUGCAUUAGCCUGUACUUGGUGAACCUCAUGAGAUCCACAUCAACACUGGUGCCAGGACAGACCCUUGAGGGAUACUGCUCAGUACUGGUUUCUGCUUGGACAUUAAGCUAUUGACUGUGGUUCUUUGGGUAUAGCUAUUCAGCCAAUUCCUUAUUCGCUGAACAGUCCAUCCACUUAAACCCUUCUCUUUCAAGUUUAGAGGUAAGAAUGUUGUGGGGAAUCUUAUCAAAGGCCUUACAGAAGUCCAGGUACAUGGUAUCUCUUAGCUGUUCCCUUAUCCAAUGGUGCAGACAAUGGGUCACAGAAGACCACUAGGUGAGUCAGGCAGUUUUUGCCCUUGGUGAACUCUUCUGGCUGUCCCUGAUCUCUUGUCUUCCAUAAGUUUUGACCUAUCUUCCAGGAGGAUCUGUUACAUGAUCUUACUGAGAAUGGAGGUGGACUGCCUCUCUUUAUAGAAACCCAUGUAUAAAAAAAAGUAGGGUGUGUGCAUUGUUGACUUGUGGAAAAAUAAGGAUCUAAAGUGAAGGAUGUUUCUAGUAAGUACUUGGUGCUUUCUAAUUUGGGGAUAUGCUUUCUAAUUUGGGGAUAUGCUUUGUAAUUUGGGGAUAGUGUUGCAUCUUGAUGAAUGUGUGUGAAGUAUGCUUACUAAGUACAUCUAUACAGCUAUAGAGCUGUGAAAUGGGACCUGAAAAUCACAAUACAGUUAAGUGAAUGUAGGUCAUAAUGCAAACCUUUUGCAGGCUUUGCUGUCUGAACUGUUGUACAGAUCUGACCUGGAGUCUUCUCUCCUAAGCCUCUGACUGUGGCCACUGUUGGAAAAAAGUGUCAGAAACAGUUGUCUAUGCCAUCACGAGCAUGACAGCCAGAAAGGCCCAGCAAGUGCAACUUCUCGUCUGGAUCUCACCUGCAAAUGUUCUGUCUUGAUAAGGCUGUGUGAAAGUGCACUCCACAGAUUCAGUGUGAGUUGUGUGACAAACACUUUGAUGUCCCAGCAGGAGGUGUGAAGUACUGGGUACCUUUUGGAAUUUUCUACUGCAGGAGAAAAGACAAACUGUCUCUUACUGGUUAGCCUUCUUAGUAAUUUCUUCUGUUUUAGAUAGUUAUCAUUAUAGCCUUUAAUUUCUGUCAUUCCCUCCCUUUCAUCUUCCCUUUUACUGGAUUGAAGCCAUUGCUCUCUUCUUGCCUGCUGAGGCUGACUGAACAGUCUGUCCAUAAGGCACUCUGUUGCUGUAAAGGAUUACAAAGUUUUGUGUUUUCCUUCUUCUUGUAGUCCUAAAACCAUAAUUGUCUUUUAUUUGGUUGAUACCCAAUACCAUGUUCAUGAUGAAGCUUCUUCAGCAUUUUUCAUGCAGUGUUUUCCCCACCUGGUGUGCUGUUUUGCAUUUGUUUAUGUUGAUAAUGCUUGUUUACCUAGUCACUAAGUUCUGAGGGCCUUUUGCAGCUCUUCAGUCACUUCUAGACUUGGAUGUUCCCCAGUAGCUUAACUGGAAACACAAACAUGCCCAUGUUUUUGUUUGUUUGCUUUUCCAGGUCUUGGAGCAAACUAAGUUGUAGUGAGACUCAGAAGAUCUCUCUGCUGUUAAGAUUUUUUGUUCCUUCCACUUCUUUUCCCCCUCCAAUAUUUAUUAAACCCCAAGCCAAGCACUGAAAACUCUUACAUUAGUAUACUCUGUUGAGUAUGUGAGUCAUGAUCUUAUGUGUGAGUGCAGCAGUCAGAGAGAGCCAGGAGAAAGUAUUCUCACUUCAGUAGCUGUAACUUAUCUACCACACCAAGAAUCUGCUUAGGGCUGUUGGUUGUAGGGCUGAACUUUCUUUUCCAGACCAAAUCUUCUUCCACAGAUAGAUGUUUCAUUUUUGAUUCCUUUGUUUCAGAAACUGGUCUAAAUUAGAGCCUUUAUGUCAUGGCUAGCCCUCCAAAUUUCCACAUUUAGAUUUUUUAUAAGCAUCUAGAUUUGUAUCACCGAAUCUUGUUACUUUAUGGAAAUAUUUGUAAAUGGAACACUGUAUUGCAGAUGUGAAGACAGUGUCUCAGACUCAAUAAUGUAAAAAAAGAUUACUGGUUUGAGACUGUAGAAGUAAGAAAUUCAGAAUUUAGGGGCUUUUUCUAUUGGAGUUUCAAAUUCAUUUAACAUGUCUUCUGCUAUGCAAUUACUUACUGUACUGGACAGAAACUGAUGCUACUUUAAACAUUUACCUUUUGAUAUGUCUGUUUGUAUUUAUCUCAGUCUGAAUUUAAAAAUUGAUUUGGCUUUUGGUGUUACUUGAAUACUUAGUAUGUAUUCCAGACAGUACUAUUUGGUGCUUACUCCAGCUUAUUAAAUAAAAAACACACUGUCAAGAGGCACUGACAACACGCUGUGAUAUUUUUUCCACUACCAUGGAAAUGUCAACUUUCAGAAAUACAGUUCAGCAGUACUUGCCUAUCCAGAUAAUUAUUUUUUUCAAGUUUCUCCCUAUGAAACAGCACUUUACAAUGUAGACUAAGCUAAAAACGGUGUGGUAUUGUGUGGAUCUUUGUGCAAUAUAGCUGUUUGGUGACUAUGGUGUGACUUGCAAAGCUUCAUACAGGUGUGAAUCGUGUAGACACUUUUUAGAUACCUAAAGCUUUAACAGAAAGGCCUUGUUUGAAAAUAUUCUGAAAUGUAAAAGUGAUGUCUUGGUUUUUUUUCAAUAAAAGCUGAAAUACA